CUUCCACUCUCCUGCUACUGGCCUUACUGCCGCGGCUGCUGCUGCUGGGCGACUAUCUUUAUUGCUCUUUUUUUUUUCUAUUGGGACCCUGGGGAGAAAUAAAUAGCCCCCGCACUGUUGGGAGGCAAAUGAAUGCAAAAGACUGGAGGGGAAUUUCCCCGGGCUGCCUUCAGACCAAUGGAUACGCACACAAGUUGUAACCUGGCCACCUCACUCCCACACAUUUCUGAUUACAGCAGCAACAAGAUCAUCUUUUAAGGAUCUUUGGCGGGUGAAAAGUCAGCGUAUCUGAGGGAGGAAGGAUGUGCUCCGUAGUCUUGCUUCAUCAGUGGAGUCUGGCUGUGUUCUUGCUGUGUUCCCCGGUGUCGCCUUACGGGAGGACGCUCGAUGCACUCGCUAGCAGAAUGAGGCGGUCGGUGAGCCACGCCCAGCUGAUGCACGACAAAGGUCGCAGCAUGCAGGAGUUCAAGCGCCGCCUGUGGCUGCAGGAGCUGCUGGACGAGGUGCACACGGCUGACGAGCAGACGCUGCCCGUGCAAAACAGGACCCCCAACUUCAGCGGGAACGACCUCCACCUCCAGAAGCCCCCGGAGGCCACCAAGAACCUUCCCCACAGGUUGAGGCCGGACCAGGACGGCCCCAACCUGCCACAGGAGACCAACAAGGUGCUGGCUUACAAGGACCAGCCGCUGAAGGUCGCCACCAAGAGGAAAAAAAAGGCCAGGCUGGGCCGGCGCCGAGAUGGCGACAAGAAGCGGAGGCGGGCGCGCUCGGCCCGAACUCGAGGCUGAGAGACUUGUGGACACACCAGAGCGGCGCUGCACUAAGACACUGACACAAACCGGGGCUCCUUUUGCGGCCUUUUGCUUGUAUGAUAGAUUUGGUUUGUAUUUUUUGAGGGCAAACUCACACCCACCAACACCUCUCAGCUCCAUAUUUAUUUGGACAACCUUCACAACCAUCACCUUGAACAAGCCACCAUAAUUUAUUUCCUUUUUGAAAGUCGAUAUUUAUUUUGUGAAUGUAUUGUGGUGCUGCUGACCGAAUCCCAUAAUGCACUUUACUUCUUUCACGGACAUGGAUGUUCUUUUGUGGUCGAUGUUUGGUCUCCACGGUCCUGCUUGCCUUUGCCCACCAAAGAUCUCUUGUGGAUGUAAUUUAUUGGAUGCCUCGUCCAACCCACACUCAUCACGGCAUAUAGUUUAUAUUUUUAUAGAACGCAGUCCGAGUCGGGGACUGUCACCGUCGUUUCAUGUUCUUGACGUGCACUGAAAGCUUAUUAAUGUACAUUCAUGUCCAUUAUUAUUCAUCACGCAUUAAAAAUGUAGUCUUAAGGAACCUUUGUGGUGCCCUUCUUUGUCAUGUCCCCGCUUCUCAUGGAUGACCGUCACUGAUGUAUGGUUGCCUUUCGUCUCGUGAUCAAAUUAGUCUAUCUCAUGGAUAGAAUUGACUUACACCUGAAACAGAUCAACAAAUACUGUAACUUCCCUGGUCAACUAUUUUUGGUUCAAACCGUGAUAAAUGUUGGUUUUUCAGAAAUCACUCCACAGAUCACCAGUAAAAUAAUCACAAUGUAAUCUGUUUUAGUUACUUUCUUAGGAUUGGCUCCAAUGAGGUGCCGUGAUUGGAACAGAGUAGAAAUAUUUAGAACAUUACGUGAGGAAAAAACAUUCUUAAUCAGUUGAACGAAAGUGACAUGGCUCUCACUGAAUAAAAACAUGGAAUAGCAACACUUCUUUGCUGUUUUGUGACUUCUUGGUAGUUUAGGAGGAUUUGGGUGCAAAAAAAUGUGCGACAAUUAGAAAAAAAACAUUCACACAACAAAAAAAUAUAUUUUGGGGGUUCUUCCAGAAAGGUUUGAUUUAAAAAGAAAAUCUGUUUAAUGAAA